CGUGUUUCCGUCAUUCCUCGGCCUUGCUUGGCUGCGGCUGGGAAGUAACAACACGAGUGGGAAUGUGGCCGGGCAAGUAGCUGCCAAACCCACCUAAGGGAAUGCAAAGUUUUGGCGCCGAAUUGUACACUUUAAGACAUUUGUGCGUGGCUGACCAGCCCCCUUCCUCCAGUCGUUCGGUUUCUCAUGGAAGCGGAUGGAUUUGUAAGGAAGCGUCGGAUGACAGCGGAGUCUGCAGGCAACGAUCCCGGGGUUGCUGGCGCAUCAGCCGGGGCAGAAGUUCGAUGGCUGGGGGGCAGGUUCCUGGGAGUUUCGGAAAGUAUCGUGGGUAGCCUUUCGCCGAGGAUCGGAGGCGAGACCGAACUACAGACUGCUGAUUUGACCCGUAACGCUCAGGAUCAAACAGAUGACUCUGAACCGGACUACGAGGGCUUGCCACAGGGAGCCUCCACGAGCACGCACAUGUUGGCCGGAGCCGUGGCCGGGAUUAUGGAGCACUGCCUCAUGUUCCCCAUCGAUUGUGUUAAGACAAGAAUGCAGAGCCUCCAGCCCGACCCGGCCGCCCGCUACCGGAACGUGAUGGAUGCCCUCCGCCGUAUCGUGGCCACGGAGGGAGCGUGGCGGCCAAUGAGAGGCCUGAACGUGACCGCCAUAGGAGCGGGGCCUGCCCAUGCCCUGUACUUUGCCAGCUAUGAGAAACUCAAAAAGACUCUGAGUGAUGUGAUCCACCCCGGGGCUAACAGCCAUUUGGCUAAUGGAGCAGCCGGAUGUGUGGCCACUCUGCUUCACGAUGCAGCCAUGAAUCCAUCAGAAGUUGUGAAGCAGCGCAUGCAGAUGUACAACUCCCCUUACCGCGGCGCGUUGGACUGCAUACGCGCCGUGUGGCAGAAGGAAGGCCCGGGGGCGUUCUACCGCAGCUACACCACCCAGCUGACUAUGAACGUGCCCUUCCAAGCGCUCCACUUCAUGACUUAUGAAUACCUGCAGGAGCUGCUCAACCCCCACAGACAAUACAACCCCUCGUCCCACAUGCUGUCCGGUGCCCUGGCCGGGGCCCUAGCUGCCGCCGCCACCACGCCGCUGGACGUGUGCAAGACCCUCCUCAACACCCAAGAGUCGCUUGCCCUCAGCUCCCUGUCGACCAGCCAAGGAGCCCACAGACAUAUCACAGGCCUGGCCCAGGCCUUCCGGACGGUAUAUAGCCUGGGCGGCCUGCGGGGCUACUUCAAGGGAGUGCAAGCGCGAGUCAUCUACCAGAUGCCCUCCACAGCCAUCAGCUGGUCCGUAUACGAGUUCUUCAAGUAUGGACUCACCAAGCACCAGCACGACAAGAGGCGAGCGCAGCAGAUGGAGGCGGAGAUGUAAACACCGCGAGGUGAAGCCAGCUUAUAACGCACAGCGUAUGAAAUCGCAUCAUGACCCAUCUCCACUGUCCCAUUAGCCAGAAAGGCAUUUCCAGAAAGAGUUUUUAAAAUGCCGUUUGCUGAUUACGCACAAUUUGAUUUAUGUUGCUAAGCGAAAGAAAUGUCACACAGUAUUAACAUUCUUCAACUAGAGGCCACAGAUUGUCACCAGAAGAGGGCAGUAGUGUUGUUUUCCUAACGUUUGUUAUGGAUCACCCCCCCAGCCAAUACUUCAUGUUUGCAGUUCAAAAGCUUUUCAUUCACAAAGACUUAUAAUUGAUUUUCUUUAAUUAAUGUUUAAAUGUGAAACUUGAACCCCACAGUCAUUUAUAUAAUAACACCCAAAUCUGCAUUUAAAUAUUUUGAGAUUGCGUUUUUGUAUUUGGCCCCUUUUUAUUGUCCACAACUAGACUUUGGGCAUAUCGAAAGCUUAUAUUUAAUUUAAUUUCAGUUUUUAAAAUGCUUAAAAAUAUGAUCCAUAAUUUGUUUUGUGGCACUUACAUGGACAACCCCAUGUCCUGCUCAACUAUUCACCAUUAUUGCCUUGUCUGCAGAUGGCUUUUCUGAGUCUUAUCUUAGUUUCUCUCAUUGCUACUACUGUGUUAUCGUCAUGUCCUUUGACGGCACCAGUUGCAUGGAACAAAAUAGGCCGCGCCCCCAGAAUUCAAGAUUCAGCUCAAUAAGCUAUUUCGCAAAAUGUUGCUAACGCACCCAUGUUGAGUAAAUGGAAACUGUUUGACUGAUUCUGAAUUGCACUCAUCAUUAAAUAAUAAAUUAUGAGCAGGGGACAGUGCUCAUAAAUCAUCCAAAAUCA